CAAGUGAAUGAGUGAGUGGCAGCAGAGGGAACAAUCCGCGCCACUCACUCACUCCGGCCAGGACUGCCAAAGGAAAUAAUUGCAAAAUGAAGACUGCUUUAAUUUUGCUCAGCAUUUUGGGAAUGGCUUGUGCUUUCUCAAUGAAAAAUUUCCAUCGCAGAGUCAAAGCUGAAGAUUCUGAGGAAAAUGGGGUCUUUAAGUACCGGCCACGCUAUUUUCUUUACAAGCAUGCCUACUUUUAUCCAUCUCUAAAAUGGUUUCCAGUCCAGGAUCCUUGGUUUACUUUAUUAUCACCCCACCAAAUCGGAGGCAGCGACUCUUCUGAAGAAAACGGAGAUGGUGAUAGUUCAGAGGAAGAGGGGGAAGAGGAGACUUCAAAUGAAGAGGAAAACAAUGAAGAUUCGGAGGGGAAUGAAGACGAGGAGGCCGAGGCGGAGAACACCACACUCUCUGGUGUAACAGCUGCCUAUGGGGCAGAGACCACGAUGGGAACUGGGACUGUAGAGCUGGCUGCACUCCAACUGCCCAAGAAGGCUGGAGAUGCAGAAAGCGAGCCUGCAAAAAAGAAGGAAAGCGAUGAAGAAGAAGAGGAAGAGGAGGAAGAAAACGAAAACGAAGAAGCAGAAGUAGAUGAAAACGAGCAGGUCGUCAACGGCACCAGCACCAACUCCACCGACGUGGACGGUGGGAACGGCAGCAGUGGAGGAGACAACGGAGAAGAAGGGCAGGAACAGAGUGUCACUGAAGGGACCACAGCGGGCAGGGAGCUGAUCAGCGAGGGUCCCAAGACAGCUGACCUUCUGGACGGGCUUCAGCAUACCACCCCACCACCCGAAGCCUACGGGACCACCCCGCCACCAUUCAGAAAAACCACCACCGCUGAGUAUGGGGGGGAAUACGAACAAAUGGGCAACAAUGAAGACAAUGGUGAGUAUCAAGUCUACGACAACGAGAACGGGGAGCCUCGCGGGGACAAUUACCGCGCCUAUGAGGACGAAUACAGCUACUACAAGGGGCGUGGCUAUGAAGGCUACGAUGGUCAAGAUUAUUACUACCACCAGUGAGGGUCCCCCUGGGGUGAAUUCCCCACGCUCUCAUUGCAUCUGGCUACCAUUUAUUUUCAAAGUUCAACUCAGGAAGGUGCAAGAUAACACAGGUGCAUUUUACAAUGUGGAGUGGUGCUACAGUCCCGGAGUGAUCUCUGCAAAUGCUUCUAUUUGUAAUGGCUUCUUUUUUAUUUUCCCAGGAAUGUCACUUGAAAGGUCAUUGUAAGUCAGGGCCAUUGGUCAAACAGUACACCAUCUCUGAGCUGGGACCGGAUGGAAUGCUUUGAGGUUGUAACUCUCCAGUAUUUGUGCUGUGUGCAUUAUUGCUAACAGACCAAACAUACUCUUCGUGCAACAAGGCUCCUAGAGAGAGACUUAUAAACAACACUGUAGACAAUAGUUGUGUAGUUCCUAUAUCACACCCCCUAGCCAAUACUGUAUUAGGUUUAAUUCUCAUCCUCAUGUAUUGUAUGUGACCUGUAUGCAUGGGUUUUAUCUCAAAUAAAUACGCAGUUCUUGAAAUGUAUUAUAAUUAAGAAGGAAUGGAGGGCAUUGGGAAGCACAUGAGUUUAAAGAGGGUGGGACAAUUCAGCUAAAAAGCAAGCUUAUUUCCAUUAGGGUUUAAAACGCAGAGGAUCUGGGAACAUCCUCUCUUCAAUAAAUCUGCAGGACUAAGGCUUGACAGUUGAGGGCAGAUUCAGCUUUACAGACUAGGGAAUGAAUGACACUUAGAGAUUUAACAAAUCUCUUAGAGAUUUAACAAACAUGAAUACAUGCUGUAUGAUGCCCACUUCAAUUUGAGUUUCAGAUAAACAAUGCCCCCUCAUGAAUAAUUAGUCUCUGAAAUAUCUGGAACAAAGUUAUGCUAAAUAAAUGACUUAUUCUUUAUCUAAUAUUCAA